AUGGAUACCUCAAAUUUAACUGGUUCUCGUUCUAAAACGAAAAGGCGUCACAUUGAUGCAGAUAUAGCAACAUCUUCCGACGAGGAAUCUGUUCAAAAUGUUGAUUCUUGGCCACGUUUUCUAGUCGUUGAAGGAGGUAAUAGUGAACCACUGAAAAUCAAUCCCUUCGUUGUUUCUAAAUCUAUUGAAGGAAUUUGUGGUACAGUUAGAAAUGUCACGCGUCUCCGCUCCGGUUCCCUGCUGGUGGAAUGUACAAGGAGACAGCAGUCUCAGAAUCUUUUAAAGGCACAUCAUUUUGCAAACACGGAGAUCGUUGUGUCAGAGCACAAAACUCUCAAUUCAUGUCGAGGCAUUGUCCGAGAUCGUGCCAAGUGCCUCUCAGACAUGUCCGAGGAGGAAAUUGUGACAGAACUGAAGCCCCAGGGUGUAUCAUCAGUGAAACGAUUUACAAGGAAAGAUGGUGACAAUAUUGUAAAUACCAAUACAUACCUGUUCACCUUUGCCCUCACAAAGAUCCCUACAUCGAUCAAAGCAGGGUAUUUCAACAUCGGAGUUUAUGUGUAUAUUCCUAACCCCCUCCGAUGUUUUAAAUGUCAAAGAUUCGGACACGGAGCUAAAUCAUGUCGUAACGCCCAAGUUUGCUCCCGCUGCAGUAAACAACACGAAAGCACAGAGUGCACAGAUGAUAUCAAAUGUGCCAAUUGCAGUGGAACUCACAUGUCCUCUUCCAAAUCAUGUCCCUCUUUCGUCACGCAGACACAAAUAUUAAAAUUAAAAUAUACCAAAGACAUUUCGUUCACAGAGGCACGGAAAUUGGUAACAAAUGCACCAACCACUCCUUCUCCUUCACUGACUUAUUCCGCUGCAGUUUCCUCUACUCCUCUCAAAUCUGAUAAUGGUUGUCAAACUGCUAUUAGCUGGGUAUCAAAUGAUCAGAAAAUACUGUAUCCAAUCGAUGCUGAAGACUCACUCACUUCAUCUGCUUCGCAGACUGACUCUGUCCCUGAACCCGUGAUUGUGGCUGACUGUGUACAUGCCGAGAAAACGAAUAGAACUCUAACUGCAAAAGAACGAAAACUAACUGCAAAAGAACGAAAACAACAACGGAAAAAAGAAGCAAGGUCCUUUAAAAAUAUUAAGGUCCCGUCUACCUCAUCCCCUGUGGAUGUUCACAACGUCUUUGAACCUCUAGAUAUGGAAGUCAAUCCAUCGCUGCCUUUGCAGCAUAGAGGGCAAUCCAACCGCUCACUAUCUCCAGUUAAGCCACCAUGA